UCGAUCGCGGACCUCCGGUUCAUCCAUCGGCUCGGCAGUGGGGAUAUCGGGAGCGUGUAUUUGGCCGAGGUGAGGGGCGGCCGCGACGGCGGUGUGGUUGUGGCGGCGAAGGUGAUGGAUAAGAAGGAACUGAUCGGGAGGAAUAAAAGCGCUAGGGCCAAGACGGAGAGGGAGAUUCUUGAGAUGCUCGACCAUCCGUUUCUCCCGAAGCUGUAUGGAUGCGCUGAGAACGAGAAGGUGACUUCUCUUCUCACCGAGUUCUGCCCCGGCGGCGAUCUCCAUGUUCUCCGGCAGCGCCAGCCGGGUAAGCGGUUUGAUGAGCACGCUGUCAGGUUCUACGCGGCGGAGGUGGUGGCGGCACUGGAAUACAUCCACAUGCUCGGCAUCAUCUACCGCGACCUGAAACCAGAAAACGUCCUCAUCAGAUCCGACGGUCACAUCAUGCUCACCGACUUCGAUCUCUCCCUCAAAGCAGACAUUGGCUGCUCCCCCACCGCCCAACUCAUCCGCAACCACCAAACCCCCACCACCGCCGCCGCCCUCCGCCACUACAACAACACAAACUGCAUCCUUCCCAACUGCAUCGUCCCCGGCGUGUCCUGUUUCCAACCAAACCGCCGCCGCCGCCACCAAAAAUCCCACCGCCACGGCGGCCCCGCCGCCGGAUUGGUGUUUGUCGCCGAGCCCAUCGAUCUCCGUUCAAUGUCGUUCGUCGGAACUCACGAGUACCUCGCCCCUGAGAUCGUCUCCGGCGAAGGUCACGGCAGCACGGUGGACUGGUGGACGCUGGGCGUUCUAAUCUUCGAACUCUUGUAUGGAACGACGCCGUUCAAGGGAUCCGACAACGAGCUAACUCUAGCGAACAUCGUCGCACGGGCGCUGGAGUUUCCGAAGGAGACAAUGGUGUCGGCCGCCGCGCGGGAUCUCGUCGCCGGACUUCUUGUCAAGGAUCCGGCGAACCGGCUGGGAUCCACUCUGGGAGCAACGGCGAUUAAGAGGCAUCCGUUCUUCAGCGGGGUGAAUUGGGCGCUGCUGCGCUGUGCGGCGCCGCCGCACGUGCCGCCGCAGUUCUCGCCGGGCGCUGGUAGCUGCCGGAGUUUGUGGGACGAUAGCUGUCCGGGGACGCCGGUGGAGUACUAUUAAUGACAAUUAUGAGGUGGAGUGGGGGUGGGGUCUUGGGGGCUGGAGAGCAGACUGCGGGUUUUUCGCGCCGGAAGAAGGGGAAAAGGGGUAGAGGGGAGGCGGUGGGGAGGGGUGUGGGCGCGGAGGUGGGCCACGUGGUUGCAUGCGGGAGGGGGGUUAUUUGAACGGGUGCAGUGUUGGUCCGCUGAUUUUGCGGUUGGAAUUGGUUUGGGGAGGAUUUACGAACAUGCCACUUAAUUUUUAUGUAUUUAUAUUUCUAACAGUUCAGCUUUAAAUUAAAAUAGUGUUAUUUUUA